AUGGUAUUUGUCAAUGCUAGCACUCGUGGUGAGCAGUGGUACCUUGGAACAAACGCGCCGUACCGCAUGGAGCUCAGGCUGCGUCACAAGCUCGAGAACUCAAUCAAUGGCCGCCUGCCACCCACCUCCUGGCCUGAGCCGCCUCUGCCUUCGGUACGAGGUACCUGCCCGGCCGCCUGCCUGCUAGCGGCCAACCAGUAUUACCUGCCUGCGGCCGCUGCCUCCGCUCCGCCUCGCUUCUCAUUUCCUGACCUGCUGGCCUCUUCCACAAGCAAACCCAUCAUCGCCACCAUCUCGUCCUGCGGAGCGGAGCUGCGCACAUUUCAACUCCCACGACAACCUCCUCGCCGCUCGCAUCCCUCCGUCGCCGUCGGCAUCGCAUCGGCAGCCACCCUCGGGCACUCGUCUGACCGUCGCACCCUCGCCACCUCGGGAGCUCGCACCUCGCAGCUCCAGCCGUCCAGCUCGCCUCACCCCCAACGGCGAGGUCGCAAAAUGGCUCCUCCGGCAAACCCAACCGUCACGCCCGUGACUCUCCAGGAGCGACUCCUGGCUCUGGCCAAGACGUUGCAGUUCGCCUGGUUUGUUGGCCACAUGACGCUCAUCCUCACGACGCUUCGAUACACGCUUUCCUGGCUCCGCAUGAACUACUACGGCGGCGUGGCCCGCUUCUCGUACCGCACCUCGUUCGUCGCCGCCGCCGUCACCUACGGCAUCGUCGUCUACAAGACGCAGCGCGCCCGCGCCAAGACGAGCAACCAGCUGCCCGGCGGCGUCGUCGGCCUGCUCUCGGACGAGAACGUGCAGUACCUGCUCAUGGCCCUCGUCUGGCUCCUGAGCCCCCAGUACCCGCUGGCCUUGCUGCCGUACUUUGUCUACUCGGUCUUCCACGUGGCCACGUACACGCGCGCCAACAUCCUGCCCGUCCUGCAGCCCCCGCCGCCGGCCGCCGAGGGUGCCUCGCCCCGGCCCAAGAGCAGCAGCCCCCUCGGCGACAAGAUCGGCGCCUUCGUCAAGGAGUACUACGACGCCUCCAUGUCGAUCGUCUCGGGGCUCGAGAUCCUCCUCUGGAUCCGCAUCCUGCUCUCGGCCAUCCUCUUCCAGCGCCGCUCCUGGAUCCUGCUCGGCCUCUACACGGCCUUUCUCCGCGCCCGCUUCUCGCAGAGCUCCCACGUGCAGAACUCGAUAACGCAGCUGAGCGCGCGCAUCGACUCCCUCGUGGGCGCCCAAGGCACGCCGCCCGCCGCCCGGCAGGUCUGGGACGGCGUCAAGAACGGCGCUCGGCAGUUCCACGACGCCACCGACGCCGCCAAGUACGCGAACCAGCCGGCCCCGGCCAAGAAGACGUCGUAA